ACGAGGGCCCUGUACAAGCAAUGCCAGCCGCGCCACGUCAUCACGAUCUCCGGCACGUCCGACGAGUUCCUCACGGCGAUCGAGGCCCUAGUAACGUCGGAAGUGUCGGACGAUCGGAGCGGAUCGUCGGGAUUGAGCGGCGCGGGGCGGUCGCAGGUCUCGUUGAGGGUGUUGCGGAAGAAAGAACACGGCUUCGACAGAUGCUAUCACAGGGUACGAUGUCUCAAGCUGGGGUCCGAGCCGGCGAACGCCAACAACGUCGAGAGGCUUAUCUUCCUGCAGGGUCUGUUGAACUUCAAGUCGAUCGUCAUGAUCCACGCGCUGGGCCUGCUCUUGAUCUACAUCGACCAGCAUUGGAGCAAUAUCACGCUCGAGCCUUCCGGCAGGCCUGGCUUCGCGUCUCUCACCAGCGUGACGUUACGUGACAUCGUCAUGAUAGAUGAUGACACUUACGAGGCGUUGAAUAUCGUGCAUGCUCGGCAUCACCCGAGCCUGUUCAAAUGCGGCGAUGCGACAGCGAAGAAGCAAAGUGGCAGCUUAUUUAUUCUCCUGAAUCGUUGUCAAUCGCGACCUGGAGCGCAAUUUUUGUGGCAAGUGACGCCAUGACAAUCUCGUUUCUCUUUACUGAAUUAUGGCGUGUAUGUCGUGUUUUAUUUAGAAAACUGCAUUUUGUAGGAAAACAUUGCGGCAUCCCACUCGAAACAUCAAUAUUCUAAAUGAUAGAUUUGAAGUCAUCGAAUUCUGCUUGAAUCCGGAUAACCAGAGUAUCGUCGAAAAUCUGACGUCGUGCUUGAAACACAUCUACCGUCUGACUAACGUUAUUCUGGAUAAAUAUUUAGCGCAGCAAGCUAAAGUUGCUGAUUGGCGACGAUUGCAUAAGGUUUAUUACGCUUCUCAAUUUUAAUAAUUCGAUAAUUUACUCAUGAUACUCAUUACGUGUUCUACAUUCUAUUUUGUAUUUCACGUUGCAGACAAUUUCUUCCAUAAUUUACGUCGCUGACAUAUGCGAGAAGCACCGUGAGAAAGUAAGACUGUUCCAUAAAAUCGUCGACAGUAUCACGAAAGAAGUACGUUACAUCAAGUAUUUCAUUGAGUACAUAGUAGACUUGGGUGCGAAACGAUCCGAUAGCAAUUUCAUCGUACGCACUAAUGUGGAUUCACACUUGGACAGUCUGCACCACGUGAGAAACACUUUACCUGAGACGUUGAUACGGAUGGGAGAGAAAGAUAUGAAGGAACAUCUUCCGGCCUCGGUGACGACUUGCAAGAUGGUGUACAUACCGAAUAUAGGGUAUCUCUUAGCGAUAAUCGCGUGGAACCUGUCGCCGACCGACAGUGUCGAUUUGGAAAACUUGGAAUUCAAAUUCGUCAGCAACAACAUACGUUAUUAUAAGAGCCCUAGCGCCAAAGAAUUGGACGACACUAUAGGCGAUAUAAUGAUGAGAAUAAAUAAACGGGAGAGUUACAUUACGUUAAAGCUCGUGAAAUACAUAAAUAAGCAUGCACCGUCAAUCUUCAACGCGAUUGAAUUGUGCGCUGAAUUGGAUACAUUGCUGGCGUUUUACGUGGUAGCGCGAGAAAACAAUUACGCGAAACCGAACUUGGUGGAUCGACAGAUCAUAGCGGUGGAACAGGGUAGACACCCGUUACAAGAAUUUCUUACGACGUUCGUUCCUAAUGAUACUUAUUCCGGCGACGGGAAGAGCCUCGUAAAAAUUCUGACCGGGCCGAACGCCUCCGGCAAAAGCACUUAUCUCAAGCAAAUUGCAUUGAUCGCGUUCAUGGCUCAUAUCGGCUGUUACGUGCCGGCCAAAUCGGCCACAAUAGGAGUAAUGACUCACAUUCUGACUCAGAUCACAUCUGUGGACAGUAUCGCUCUAAAUACGAGCAUGUUUCUGCAAGAUAUGCGGCAGAUAAACUCCGCUCUUUACUCGUCCACGCCGAACUCAAUCGUCAUCUUGGACGAAUUCGGAAACGGAACGUCCGAGGUGAGUGGCUUGUCACUGCUCGCGGCGGUAUUAAACAAUUUCAUCGAGCGAGGAACUCAAUGUCCGCACAUAUUCGUAGCUACGCACAUGCAUCGGGUAAUGAACAUGUUGCCGCAGAGUCCGAUAAUCGAGGAGCAGACUUUCGAGUUUGUUACAAAUGAGGACGGCUCCGUGGCUUAUCUUUAUAGUUUAACUAGCGGACGCGUGGCACGUAGCUUUGCUCACGCGGCUGCACGAAGUGCGGGUUUGGACGAGAGGAUUAUCAAACGGGCAUUAGAGGUAUACGAAAAAUUUAAGGUCGGCGAGUUACCCCCACGAUUACCGGAAGCCAAAGGCCAAGACAUGACGGUUGAUAUUAUCGAACGAUUACUAAAGUCGGAGAAUUUCAAUCUGGAAGAGUUGAAGGCGUUGGUCUGUCAAGCCACGGAAUCGUCAACGCCAAGGAUAAACAAGAAAAAUUGAAAUCGAAAAAGGCAUUUCGUAUCCGCGGGGAUAAUCGAGUCUAAUCACGGAAUUACAAGCUGCUAAAAAAUAAAAAGAGAUUGGACGUUGGAGCAAAAGAAGAAACAAAAAACAUUUCGCGAACAUUC